UGUACAGUAUUUGUACAGUAUUAUUGGAUGUGUUUGUAGCUCAGUUUCGGUUUGCUUGCUCCUUGCAUUAAGUACUGUAGUUUCUUUUGCACCAAAAAAACAAUUGUCUAUAGGCCUUAAUCUCGAAUAGACGUCAAUAACAUCAACAGUUAUCUUACUGGACUGAACGUUGAGGAAAUCAUGGCAAGCGCAAUUGCAGGACAGCUUGCCUUGGCAUUGCUUAAAGGGAUAGCAAGUCAAAUUGGUGCCAAAAUAUUCAAUUCUAUUUUUCCUGACAGUGGACUUCCUGAUUAUUUCGACGAGGUAUACAAGGAAAUAGCCAAAAUUGUGGCAAAACAAAUCGAGCAAAAUACUAUUAAUGAAAUCAAUGGACAAAUCAACGGAAUGCAAAGUUGGGUUCGUAAUGUUUAUACGCCACGUAAAGAUAGCGGGGCUAGCAAGCAAGAGCUUUUUGAUAUGAUCCAAGAAAAUGAAUAUGACAUCGCAGUCCAUAUGGUUGCGGUCUUGCAAGACGACGCUUAUGCAGAGCCCGGAUUGGGUGUAUUUGUCAUUGCUGCUGGAAUGCAUUUGACCUUGCUUCAAGAAUUAGCUCUCGUGGAUCCCAAUGUGUCGGAUCCUAGCCUAUCUUCCUAUGCAGUAUCAGUUCAAAAAUAUGCGGAAGAAUAUGCGGCUUUUGCAGAUGCAACUUUCGACUUAGUAGAAGAGAAACGCACGGAUAACACCACCAUAACCGAGGUAGAAUUCACCUCCAACAGUAUUAAACCACCAACUAGUCCUUUACUCGACAUUUACUUCUUUUCCAAAUGGACCGACCAACAUCUAGGCAAAACCUACGACGAUGCAACUGUCCUACUGCAGUCACAAACGUGGACAAACGGAACCAGUGUUGAGAUGGAAGAGCGGAGUAAAAAGGCACGAAGCGACCACAUUCAACAGGUCAAAGAAGAUCUUGUUACAAGUCUACAUGAUCCAAAAGGCGUUGCCAACCUAUGGCGACAAUUGAUGGAGCAGCCAAUUCCUCCGCAAGCUCUUGAGUCUUAACAACAUUAACACUGAACAAGAAAGUCUGUCUAGAACACUUGGAAAUUGAAAUUAAAAGUAGAUUACUUUAAAUUCCUACAACUGAGUACUUUGAGAAUCCCAGUACUAAAGUCCGCUGAACUCGGGGUGUCUUUUUAAAACAUGAUAUUUUAAAUGAGGACAAAAAAUAGAUGUGACACUUUAAGAGCCAUUUUCCAGAAAUAUCGAUUUGUGGGUGGCUACAACAAAAAAUAGAUUUUUGAAACAAACACAAAUAGCAUUGAUUGCAUUUUACUACAUGAAGCCAAUGUACUGUAAUUUAAGAUGUCAAAUAUAUAUUGAUAUUACUAAAUGCUGCACCAGAUUUUUGUGGUGCUGAUGACAGUGAUGACAUUAAACUUAUACAUUUCCAAAUAUUUUUAUUUGCUUCAUUGAACAUACUUUCUAUAAAUCCUUCUGAAGUAUUAAUAGUCAAAAGAAUUGAAACAUAACAUUUUUGUUUAGUAGAUUACCAAACACCUCAUGCAAGUCAUUAGAUUCAUAUUAAAUGGUGGGGGUGGGGCGCUUAUGGAAAUAGAUUAAAAUUGAGGGGGUGCUUAUGGGAAUUUGGAAAAUUCAAGGGGUGCUUUUGAAUGGAAAAAAAAGAUUAUAUAAGGAAACAGAAGAUAAACAAAUGGUUCUGGUGCAGAAAGCAUGGCUCAUGACAAGAAUGCUGUGGGUAUUUACGCAACAGCAGAUGAAAUUGGUGGUGGUUAUCUUGCUGGGCAUUUGCUGAUUGAGGUUAGCAGGAUCAUUGCAGGGUUUUCUUGCAAACUCAGAUGAGAACAUGCUAAAGGUGCAUGUCGGGGAAGAAAAAAAAGAGGACUAGUUAUUCCCGGCCGAUUUAUUGCCAAAUGCAAGAAGAGAAAAAAUAUCCUUAUUUUGAAAUUGACAUAAGAAGAAAAUGUGAAUCCACUUCACAACUCAAAUCAUGCCAACCACAGUUCCUGGAUUAUUGGCUUGCUAAAGAAAUAAAAUCACAUAUUGUUUUUAAAAAAAUUGAAUAAAAAUAUUCAAAAUUUUUA